AUGGGUACUCCGGGCUUGUUUGUGAACGCGGCCUCCCCUCGACCGCAGAGCAGCCCCAUCAAGCAAGACGACGAAGACGACGACGACAUCUCCAUCACGUCCUCAUUAGAAUCACAACAUGAUUCGGACGAGGAAUGGUCGGUGGAACAGAUUCUCUACCAAACGACUGAGGAUGGUAAAGAAUAUUAUUUGGUAGAAUGGACAGGAUAUCCUCUUGAGAGAGCUACGUGGGAGCCGCCUGAAAACGCGUCAAGCAUUUUGCUGGACGAGUGGAAAGCGACGCAAGAAAAACAAAGACGUGGCGACGAGCCAGAGUUCGACAUCAAGGGCUGGUACGAGCUUUGUGAGGACUUCCAGAGGAAUCGUUUCGACCGGCAUCAAGAACGCAAUCGCCUACGCAUUCGGCGCGGCCUACGGCCUACUCUAUGGGAAGGGGAAUCCAAAGAGGACUACUACUCCAGCGACGACGAUGUCAGUCAAGACGAUUUCAACGACAUUCUCCCUCCUCCGAAAACAUCAAAACGGCAGAUCGAUCAAGCUCUCCCUUCGGUCGAGGACCGGCCCAAACAGUCACUAAAGCAAGCAGCCGAGAGAAAUGCAUCCCUUCCUCGCAAACGGGCCUCAUCAGGAGAAAAGUCAAAGUCACCGACCAAACAGAAGUCGCCCGCAUUGGCGUCGCAACGUCCGCCGACAGUAUCCGCUGUAUCAAAACCGACUGGGUAUCAAGGCACUGCAAGGAAACCCACAGUAACAAGAGGAUACAGUACCAAGACAGCCGGAAGCCUCACAACCCUCGCUUCAAAAUUCUCGAAGCCUGCCAAGACGGCCAAAAAGACUCAACCGGGCGCGAGAACGAUGGUGAAGGCCGCAGGCAACAUAUUCACAAGCGGGAAGCCCAUUCGCGUGCGAUCCCGAUUGAGUGACAAUGCGGCCGACACGAAUCAAUCCCCGCGCGCCUUCACCAACCACCGUAUUAGAAGGAAAGCUGAAUUGCAAGGACGGGACAAGGCUGAUCAAGCGCCGCCUAUUAUUCCGUCUACGCUAUUCAGCAUCAGCGGCGGUCCUCCACCUCAGUCCAACACCAGCAACGCAAUCGCCAAGCCUAGAUCAGUGUUGAAGCGCCCAGCUGAUGACCUUGCCCCCAGGUCUGCUAGUGAGUCGAGCAUCACGGCGUCGGAAGCGGUUCCCUCAACUUCAGAGCAGUCGCAGCCAUCGCGUCCGCCAGCGAAGAAGAGGAAAUCUGUUCAGUGGGACCCUCAAAUCCCUUUUACUGAUGAGCCUGAGGACAUGGACGUUAAUAGUUCUUCAACUAGCCGACCAAAGCGGCUCAAGUCUCCCCCUCAACCAACCACAUCUCAUCAACCCCAGCCUCUCGAGCCUCAACAAGUGCAGCCUACCAUAAAGAAGCUGUCUAUCGCGGACUAUCAAAACAGAGGGAAAACGUUUAUGCACAGCUUGGACAAGAACAUUGAGAUGGGACCAAGAGGAAGCAAACAAAUUCAGGUGACCUUCGAUAAUCUCCGCAUCGACCCUGAGAAAUGGUACUCUGAAGUGGAGGCACAAGACAUCCUGCAAUUCUCCACCACCUUCCACGUUCGCAUGUUUGUUGCACAACGCCCAGUUCUCUUUGAGCGAGUUUUAUCUCAGGGAGCUGUGAAGGCAAUAUCGUCCCAAGGGGAAGGCGCGAUCAAAAGCGCUGCUGAAAAACUUAAAGUGGGAUCUUUCGGGGCCGCAUGCCUACAUGAGGAUUUUUCCAUCAUUGUUUAUCCUGCGAGCUGUGACGAAUGGAAGUCUGCUAUGAAAGAGGUCGAUGACCUGAACUACGAAUCAAGCCCGUCUGACGUCGCCCUCAGGUAUCUCAUAUACAAACCACAUCACAAACCUAUCCCGGGACAGAGGCCCAUUGCGUCGAGCUUGACAGACAAGCGCGCGUCAAUUCUACAAACCCUGCUUGGCCUCGACUACCAUCGGCUCAUGCCGACUGGCUUGAAGGACGUACGCCAUAACUUCUAUUUGGCAUUUCCCCCGUCCAGAGAAGCAAUGCUCGAUACUGUAAGCGAGUGGCUUCAUAUGGAAAAUCCGCACUGCCGCGUCUUUUCGUCAAAGACACCAGGCGACUGGAGAGCCUUCAUAGAUCCAAAGAUUGCGAACCAUGGCGUUGUCAUAUUCCACGAAACAACCGUCGACGUGAUCCAUCGUUAUCCCAGCAUUUUGAAUCUUCUCGUCAACAAAAAGCCCGCUCACACGUUCUGGUGCCUCGGCGAGUCUCUUCGACUGCGUCCAGCGUAUCCGUCCAUUCGUUCUGCACACGACAUAACUGAGGUCGGUGCGAUUGAACUGACAAGACUGUUUCCGCACGGUAGCGCGAUCCUCGUCACCCCGAGCUUCCUCGUCGCUGAGCCGCAGCGUGCCUUGCAACUCUUUGACUGGUACAAGAAGACACAUGCAAAGCCUAGUUCCAAUACGAAGAUCGUGGCAGCCGCAAGUCUAUCCAAGUUUCUUCAAGGUAUUGCGUUGGACAGGGCGGACCAGAUGAGGAGCAUGCUAGCCGGAGGCAGUACACAAGACGCCGUACAGAAAGCAGGACUUGGCUAUGAUGAUUGUAUGGCUCGCUUUGAGACCUGGACAGCGGUCGAAAGUUUCCGGCAAUCUUUCAUGGAAAGCAUUGAGGCUGACGAACAGCUCGAGCCGAUCAUUUUUGCUCCAGAAUGUAUCGACGCCAACGACGAGCAAAGCUUGGUGAACUGGUUCGGCUGUUGGUCACAGACUCAAUACGACCAGUUCCGGAAAUUCUUCGUGCUCGGGACUGACCGCUGCCUCGAAGCCCGACACAGCAUCAAAUACGAAGAUCUCCCUCUUUACUCGCCCGGAACGGACCGCGAUCUGGCUGCUGAGGGUGAGCCGAACCCAGCAGCACAACCUGGAGCUGACCCUAGCAGCGUGGACCGUUUACUGCCCAUGGGGACUACAAGACUGGCCUCUUGGGACCCUCGCUCGAUAACCCCCUUUCUAAUGGAUCUUUCGAAGCGCAUGGGCAAUAUUAGGACCGGCAAACCCCCGAAGAUCAUCGCCAAAGCUUACGGCUUCACGGUCGGCUAUUACCAAGAUGUCGAGGUAACGGCCGACUCUUUCAGGGACUUCUACCGAGAGUUGAAAACAUACAAGCAGUGGCUCGAGUUUCCGUGGCCGUUCUACUCCAAGAUGGUUCCAGUCCACGCGCCCAAACACACACCCGAGCUUAAUGUACCAAAGCUGUUCAACACCUACAUUUCACUGUUCUAUACUCCUCAAGGACAGGUGGCAGAACAUAAGUGGGAGGGUCGACAUCCCUGGAUCGCAGUUUAUCGACCAGAGCACCCAACCAUCAGACCUUGGGAAGGUUCGGAAAUUGUCAUUUGGGAUGUUUCGGCCAGGAUCAAUUUUCCGACUGAAAGCCAAAUACCAAUUUCUCGAUUGAAUCACGCUCAGCGACACUUGAUUGAAUUUGUGGAGGAGCAUGGCAGACUCAACAAUCCAGAUCUCCCGCUUACCAGAGUCUGGCUUGGGGGAGAACAACCGUCUGGAGACAUUCUCCCACUCGACGCGACUCUGGAUGCCUUGGAGACCAUGUGCAUGAAUCCCGACCAAGCCACGAUGCCCGAGGAGAAAGACCUGAUAGAGAAUGGUUUCCGUCCGGUUGUGUUGCGGGCUCAGAAUGAUGCACAAGCCCACACCGGUUCCCCCAGCGACAUGGAACUAGACCCGACUGAAGAUCUGUUUGCCGAGGAAGAUGACCCCAAAAGCAAGACCAUCUUUCAUCCGCCUCGUAGCCCGAGGCCGAUUCGAGCGAGUCGUUGCGAGAACCUGCUGUUCAAAUGGGUCAAGGACGUAGCAAGGCGAGACUCAUCACGGUCGGUAUUCUCGUACACGUUCACGCCAACCGUGGAGUGGUACGAGAGACAGCAACUAGCGGAGAAUCGCAACUUCGAGCACAUCUACGUUGGCUCAUGGAAGAAUAUCUUUGACUGGUUGCGAAUCCCCGAGGAAACUACGUACAAACGCAUCCAGGACAGAAAGGAGACAUCAGAGGAUGGUAGGAGGUGA